CGCAGUGUAACAGACAGCGAAGAGUCUGGGCUUAAUUAGGGUUUUGGUGUAGAGAGAGACGAAAAGAGAGAGAAGCCAUGAGCAGAAGCUUGGGGAUUCCAGUGAAGCUACUGCACGAGGCUUCAGGGCACGUGGUAACGGUGGAGCUGAAGAGCGGAGAGCUUUACAGAGGGAGCAUGGUCGAGUGUGAAGAUAACUGGAAUUGCCAGCUCGAGAACAUCACCUAUACUGCGAAGGAUGGGAAGGUGUCACAGCUUGAGCAUGUCUUUAUUCGAGGCAGUAAAGUCAGGUUCAUGGUCAUACCGGACAUGCUGAAGAAUGCUCCGAUGUUCAAGCGUUUGGAUGCCAGAAUCAAGGGUAAGGGCUCAUCACUUGGAGUUGGUAGGGGCAGAGCUAUUGCCAUGCGAGCUAAAGCUCAAGCUGCUGGACGUGGUGCAGCACCUGGUAGAGGUGCAGCGCCUCCUGUUCGAAGGUAGUUUCCCUCCUAUGGCUCUUCUCCCCCCUUCUGUUGGGAGCAAUCAUUCCAAUCUAUCGACUUGAGUAGUCUCUAACCUACGGAAGGUGCAAGAGGAAUGGCUCUCGUUAUGCUUUGAGAAGGAAAAAAUGUAAACAUGGUACUGGAUCAUGGAAAAUUGCUAGGCUUCUUGUGUUUGUAUUAAAAUGUCAAAUUGCUUUGCUGCCAUCAUUUGGAUUUUGGAUCGAUUUUGCUACAAUAUGAUGGUAUAGUCUUCUCUAGGUGCUUUUUUAUGAAAGCACGGGCUCUUGUGCAGCCCCAACUUUAUGAAAAUAAGUUUUCCCUAAAGCCUAUUUGCUUGACCUUCCAAAGGCAAUUUAGUA